AUGGACGAGAAAAACAGCGAGAAGAAGACAAACAGAGGGAGGAAGGGAGACCUAUUUCUAUUGCCUUCCCUUUCUACUUCUAGACUGGUUCGUCGGCGGGACAGCGAGCCAAGAUCCGAUUCGUCAAUCGACGAAUCCAUGCUGCGUAACCUGGCAAAGGGGAAAGAGACGAUGGCAACGCAUCUCAUACAAGAGGGAGUCCGAACAACCUU